GCGGAGUCCAGCGCCUUCCCUCCCCUUCCUUUUCCCUUCCCUCUCUCUUCUCUUCCCUCUUCCUUCCGCUCUUCUUCUUUUCCAGGGGUAUCCGGGCCUGUCGGCGAGAGGAGAGCGGCGUCUGCCAUGGCCAGUGUGCUCUGUACCAGAGCCAGAUUGGUCACCUACCUACCAGGCUUUUAUUCCUUAGUCAAGAGAGUUGUCAAUCCCAAGGCUUUUUCCACGGCAGGCUCCUCUGGCUCGGAUGAGCCUCACGUGGCUGCUGCACCUCCUGAUUUGUGUCCGAGGACUGUGUGGCCUGAUGAAGUGAUGGGUCCCUUUGGACCCCAGGAUCAGAGAUUCCAGCUGCCUGGAAACAUUGGCUUUGACUGUCACCUCAAUGGCACCGAUUCCCAGAGGAAAAACCAAGUUUCCAAGAGCCUCCCUGAUAUUUUAGCAGAGCCCACAGCGGGUGAAAGGCAUGAAUUUGUGAUGGCACAGUUCAUCAAUGAGUUCCAGGGUGCUGAUGCUCCACAGAAGCAGCAAAUCAAUAAUGCUGAGACCUACUUUGAAAAUGCCAAGGUGGAAUGCGCAGUCCAGGCUUGUCCUGAGCUCCUACGGAAAGACUUUGAAUCCAUGUUCCCCGAGGUGAGUCCCAACCGCCUGACCGUGUUAACCGUCACCCAGAAGACCAAACACGACAUGACUGUGUGGAGCCAGGAGGUGGAGGAUGAGAGGGAGAUGCUCUUGGAAAAUUUCGUUAAUGGUGCCAAGGAAAUCUGCUAUGCAAUUUCUUCUGAGGGCUACUGGGCUGAUUUCAUUGAUCCAUCCUCAGGACUGGCAUUUUUCGGGCCUUACACCAACACCCCGCUGCUGGAGACGGACGAGCGCUACCGGCACUUGGGCUUCUCGGUGGACGACCUGGGCUGCUGCAAAGUCAUCCGGCACGGGCUGUGGGGCACCCACGUGGUGGUGGGCAGCAUCUUCACCAACGCCGAGCCCGACAGCCCCAUCAUGAGGAAACUCAGUGGGAACUGAGCCCUCUCACAGCCAAGAUUUCUCUCCUCUUUUCAAGUGUUCUUAGGUAAUAAAGUAGCCGUUAUUUAUUUUUAAUCUUCCCGCUCGCCGCGUGGAACGGGCGGCAUCCGAACCGGUGCUUUUGUGCCACGGGUUUCAAGCUCUGAGUUUCCUUCAUCUUUAAUGAGUUUAAACACACAAGAACUUAGCUAUAUUUUUAAAUUUUGUCACACAGGAUGCACCUUUCAACCAUUUUGUCUUUAGGUGCCCAACAAAUCUACUUAGGAAUAAAAAUCCUGAUGCCACGGAAGCUUCCAGGAAUUCUGCCACUUAACUGAAAUGACUAAGUGGCAAAAAAAUAAAGUAGGAUAAGUAAACAAGUCACCACAUGUGACUCGAAAAGAUGAAUUGGCAGCAUCCAAACAGAUCCUUUGGUGCCAUUUCAAGCUGCAAGUUUCCUUCUUCCUGAGUUUAAAUAUGAUUAUCUGCAUUUCCUCUUUUAAUAUUGUCACACAGGCCACACCUCUCAACCAUUUUGUAAUCCGCUUUGUAAUAAAAAUCCUGAUGCCACGGAAAUUUCUAGACAUUCUGCCACUUGAUCAUUUCAGCAAGUGGCAAAAAAAAUGUGGAAUAAGUAAUAAAAGUAAUAAGUCACCACGUGUGACUUGAAGAGAUGAAUUGGCAGCAUCCAGACAGAUCCUUUUGUGCCAUGUGAGUUUGAAGCUGUGAGUUUCCUUCAUUUUUGGGUCAGUUUAAACAUAGUUGUCUGCAUUUUCUGUUUUUAAUAUUUUUUAAUAUCACACCAGCCACACCUCUCAACCAUUUUGUCUUGAAGUGUCCAAUAAAUCUGUGCUUAGUAAUAGAAAUUUCUAGGAAUUCUGCCACUUACUGAAAUGAGUAAAGUGGCAAAAAAAAAAGUGGAAUAAGCAAUAAAAUUGUGCUCCCAGAAUACAGAAUUUUAUAAGAACUGCAGAAGUUGAUACCAGAGUAAUCACUUAUUCACUGUUUUAAAAUGAGAAUAUUGAGAUAAGAUCUAAAUACAGGUAAUACUUUGGUAAGGAAGUGUUCACUCUACUGCUACAUCUACAGACUCCAUAAAAAGUCUUAAAUUACUCUAAAAUCAGUCAUCUCUUAUUUUUUUUUUGUCUUCAUGGUGCUUGGGAUUUAUUUUCUCAGUGUUAGCUAAAUAUAUUUAAUUAGUUUAUAUAUAUAAAGGUAAUUUAAAGUUGCUUUUGUAACUUUCUUAGGUCAUUAAAUACAGGGGGAAAAAAACCCCACAAGAUAAUGGAGCAGUGCCUGGAUAUCAUCAUUGUUUUCCUGGACUCUGAUGCAAUUUAGACUUGUCUGUGGAAUUUUGAAAUGCCUGGGCAAAGAGCAAUUAUGAUCACUUAGUGCAAUUAUAAAAGGAGGGGCUCAGUAAAUCAGUUCAGGCUCUUCAGGGAUCACAAAAACAAUCGGAUUGACUGAAGGAAGCGGGGGAAGAACAGGGAAGACAUUUCAAGGCACCAGGAAUUUCAGUGCCUUGAAAUCUGGCUCCAGAGCUGAAGGAAUAAAGUAGAUUUUAAUCUCAUCACAGAUUUGGGGCCAUUCUUUAUUACAGCCCUCAGGUAACAGUGGGAAUCCUUAAAAAGUUGAAUUUGGAGGAUAAUGACUGCCCAGGAUGAGGAUCCAAGAGCUCCAGCUCCCUGUCAGGUAGCCAGGGAUUUUAUCCCUGUGUCUUUUCCCGGUGUUCACCAACAACAUGGGUUCAACCCUCGUCCUGGGUGGGUGUGGUCCUUCUGUUCCCUGCUCAGGGCUCAGCCUCUGUCCACCAAAGUCCUUCUCUUGGCUUUAAUGGCUUUAGAACCAGAUCCUUUCCCAAGUGCCUGGACCUGUCCUUGGCAACUUUGCUGGAUCAGGGAGGUGGAAGUGAGGAAGCUGUGAGUGCUGUCCACCCUGAAUUCCCUCCCUAAGCCAGCAAUUCCAGGGUUCUCCUGCUCACCUUCCCAUCACUGGGCUCUCCCCUGCCCACAUUCCAAGGUCCAAGCGUGUGGCUCUUGGGGCAGGAGUUGUUUUUCCCUUUGUCCUGGAAUUUGUGCUGUUAUUUCCAGAGCCCCAGUUCUUGCCCUCAUGCUCUGCUGUCCAAGAAAAAACUUCCUUCAAAGCCUUUUGUUGCUGUUUUAUUUCCUCUCUCUCAUCAGGAGGAUUAAAAAAGCCUGAGAAGCUGCAA